AUGUUUGGGCUAUCUGCCAUCGUGGGAUUGUUGGGUGUCGCCGUCGCCUUCUCAUUCUUUGACCCAAAAGCGAUACCUGGAAUCUGGCAUAUGCGAAUGGUGAACAUACUCUUUCGACAUUUACUCUGGCAUAAAGAGCGCACCCUCACGGCGUUCCCAUCUCGCGCUCCUGCGGCCCCAUCCACCAUUUUUCGGAGCCACCACACUCGUACCUACUGCUCAACCGUAGAGAUUGAUGUGAACAUUCACAAAUCCAACAGCACUUUCUACGCUGAUCUUGAUCUCAGCCGACUUGAACUCCUGAUGACCCUUUUCAAGGACGCUCUGACACCGCUGAGCCCGCGCGCUACGCUGGCGGCUGAGCAUGCCUACAGCCGUCGCAACCGACUGCGCCCGCUGAUCGCCGCUCUUGGGGGCGUUGCAUGUCUUUUUCGACGAGAGAUUAAACCUUACCAACGCUACGAUGUCAUUACACGGGUGUUGACCUGGGAUGACAAGUGGUUGUACAUGGUGAGCUAUUUUGUCAAGCCGGGCAGCGCAAAGGGAUCGCAAAUUGCCGAGGACCAUAUCUUUGCAUCUGCCAUCUCGCGAUACGUCUUCAAGAAGGGACGACAGACUGUCACUCCCGCAGAGGUGAUGCGCCACUCCGGACUUCUGAGCGAUGAAACGUGGCCCAGCGAUGUGGACAUCGCCGCUCGUCAGCGCGAUCGCCCUGCUCUUCCCUACCGAGAUCUCACCCGCGACAUAGCUGUUGUCGACGGAAAAGAGGAUUCAUGGACCUGGCUCGAUGUGGAAAUGGAGCGCCAGGGUGGCUUGUCCUUCGCUCACAACUUUAGCGGGCUGAAUGACCUACAGAGUAUGAGCGUCUAG